AGGUAUUUGGCUGUUAAUGAAUAAAGAGGUGAUGAACAUUUGUGUGUAGGUCUUUGUGUGGACAUAUGUUGUCAUAUCUCUUGAGUAAAUACCUAAAAGUGGGAUUGCUGGGGUUUUACUGCCCUUGGAUGUUCCUGCAGAUAUGGAGAAUAUCGAGGAGCAGUUUGCUAAUCUGCACAUUGUUAAACGCUCAGGAACUACAGAGCCCACUUAUCUUCUUGGCAUAGACACAUCAAGGACUGUACAAGCAGAAAAGGAAAGCUUGGUUGCUGUUUUAUGUUCUAAUGGAUCAAUCAGAAUAUACGAUAAAGAAAGGUUGAAUGUACUGCGAGAAUUUAGUGGAUAUCCUGGACUUCUCAAUGGAGUCAAAUUUGCAAAUUCCUGUGACAGUGUAUAUUCAGCAUGUACUGAUGGCACUGUAAAAUGUUGGGAUGCUCGGUUAGCCAGUGAAAAACCUAUCCAGCUGUUCAAGGGUUACCCUUCCAAUAUUUUUAUUAGUUUUGAUAUCAGCUGUAAUGAGCAUGUCAUUUGUGCUGGUACAGAAAAAGUUGAUGAUGACGCGUUGUUGGUUUUUUGGGAUGCAAGAAUUAAUUCUCAGGAUCUGUCUACUGCCAAAGACCCACUUGGUGCCUAUUCGGAGACACAGAGUGAUGAUAUCACUCAGAUACGUUUCCAUCCCAGCAAUCCCAACAUGGUGGUCUCAGGUUCAACUGAUGGCCUGGUAAAUGUAUUUGAUAUCAGUAUUGAGAAUGAGGAGGAUGCACUGGUUACAACCUGUAACUCAGUUUCAUCAGUCAGCUGUCUUGGUUGGUCUGGGAAAGAUUAUAAACAGAUUUACUGCAUGACACAUGAUGAGGGAUUUUGUUGGUGGGACCUUAAUCAUCUGGAUACGGAGGAACCAAUUACACAUUUGAACAUCCAGGAUGUCAGAGAAAUAGUCAGUGUGAAAGAAGGCAUUUUGGACUAUUUGAUUGGUGGCCUGUAUCAUGAAAAGAUGGAUAAAUUGUUUGUUAUUGGAGGAACAAACAAAGGAAGGAUUCACUUAAUGAACUGCACCACGGAAGGAUUGACCCAUGUGACCAGCCUUCAGGAAGGGCAUGCUGCCACAGUCCGUUCUUUCUGCUGGAACGUGCAGGAUGAUUCUUUGCUGACAGGGGGAGAAGAUGCACAGUUAAUACUUUGGAAACCUGGAGGUGUAGAGAAGACCUGCCCGAAGAAAGAGAGCAUGAAAAUAGCAUCCUCUGUGCACCAGCGAGUCCGAGUUCACAGUAAUGAUUCUUAUAAGAGAAGGAAAAAGCAGUAAUACCACGUUGACAGUUUAUUUAGUAAGUUUUAUAGUUUCAAGUACUUAUUUGUGUUUACUCCCCAUGGUAGACACAUUAAAAGGGUUGUGUAAAAACAAGCUUACUAGCAAACAGUCCUGGAAAAAUGUUGAGCAUAGUUUAAUUCAGGUCUUCACAUAUUCUAAAAAAUUUUAAAGCCACUAGUUGAGUAUAAAAUCAAUGAGUUGAAAGUACUGUUACCUUCCACAUUUUAUUUAUUUAUUUUUAUU